AUGGAAGUUUUGGUCUUGGCUUUGCUCCUGUCCGUGUGUUGGACUCGAACCUGGGAAGCGGCGCGGGCGGAUUCCAUCAUCCACAUCGGGGCAAUAUUUGAUGAAUCCGCAAAAAAGGAUGAGGAGGUGUUUCGCAUGGCCGUUUCUGAUCUCAACCAAAAUGAUGAAAUCUUACAAACGGAGAAAAUCACCAUCUCUGUGACUUUUGUGGAUGGCAACAAUCCAUUUCAAGCAGUUCAGGAAGCCUGUGAACUCAUGAACCAUGGGAUCCUGGCUCUGGUCAGCUCCAUUGGUUGUACAUCGGCAGGUUCCCUCCAGUCUCUGGCAGAUGCCAUGCACAUUCCUCAUCUCUUCAUCCAGAGGUCAACAGCUGGGACCCCAAGGAGUGGCUGUGGUACUACCAGGAGUAACAGGAAUGACGAUUACACACUUUUUGUCCGCCCACCUGUCUACAUCAAUGAUGUCAUCUUGAGAGUGGUCACUGAAUAUGCCUGGCAGAAAUUUAUUAUUUUCUAUGACAACGAAUAUGAUAUCCGUGGAAUACAAGAGUUUUUGGACAAAGUAUCUCAACAGGGAAUGGAUGUAGCACUUCAGAAAGUGGAGAACAACAUCAAUAAAAUGAUCACAGGACUCUUCACCACCAUGCGGAUUGAAGAACUCAACCGCUAUCGAGACACGCUGAGACGGGCCAUUUUGGUAAUGAACCCUUCGACAGCCAAGUCUUUCAUUGCUGAGAGGCCAUCUUCAAUUAUUUAUGUGCGUAAAGACUGGUGCACAAACAGCAAAAUAAUGAACAGCCAUUGCUCACCAGAUUUAGAGGCCAUGACUGUUCAGUGUAGACCGUUUUAUCUGCCAUGGGAGCUAACAGUAGUUACCAUCACUGCUGUAUAUUUACCUCCAGAUGCUAAUGUAAGCAUGGCACUCAGUCACCUUCAAGACAUAAUUACCAUACAACAGAGAGUUCAUCCUGAGGGCUUUGACAUCAUUGCUGGGGAUUUCAACAGAGCAUGCCUAAAAACUGUGUCCCCAAACUUUACCAACAUGUUAAGUGCCCAACCAGGGGGAAAAAACACACUUGAUCAUGUGUACUCAAAUAUUAAGCAUGCUUAUAGAGCAAGACUUCUUCCCCACUUAGGACAAUCAGACCAUUUCACCCUGUUUUUACUACCAGCCUACACUCCCCUUAGGAAGAGAACAAAACCUAGCAGUCAAACUAUUAGAUGCUUGCCUGAAAAUGCCCUCUCCCAGCUUCAGGAUUGUUUUGCCUGCACAGAUUGGAGCAUCUUCAAACAACAGGACUUCGAGUUAUACACAGGGACUGUGCUUUUCUACAUGAAGACCUGUGUAGAAAAUGUCACUGUGGACAAAUGCAUGCGGACAUUUCCAAACAGGAAAUACUGGAUGACCAGCGAAGACCAGGCUCUGAUCAGGGCCCGUGACCUGGCUUUUAGAGCAGGUGAGACCUCACAGUACAGCACGGCCAAAGCUGAGCUGAGAAGGGGCAUCAAACAUGCUAAGGAGAUAUAUAGGAAGAAGGUCGAGGGCCACUUUACUGACAGUGACCCAGAGCAGAUGUGGAGGGGGAUACAGGCCCUGACCAACUAUAAAGGCCAGAGCCCAACAAACAGUGAGAGCAAUAGCACUCUGGCAGAGGAGCUAAACAGCUUUUUCGCAUGCUUUGGGACUACCAAGAACCUGGACAUACUGCCUCACGAGGACCAUGAUGCUGCACCUCUCUCUCUUCAGGUGCAUGAGCUGGGCUGCUGGAAUCCUACCACUGGUCUCAAUGGGUCACUAACAGAUAGAAGACUGGAAAAUAACAUGAGGGGAGUAGUUCUUCGUGUAGUGACUGUGCUGGAGGAACCAUUUGUGAUGGUGUCAGAAAAUGUUCUGGGCAAACCAAAGAAAUAUCAGGGUUUCUCAAUUGAUGUCCUGGAAUCUUUAUCUACUUACCUUGGCUUCACAUAUGAAAUUUAUGUUGCACCUGAUCAAAAAUAUGGACUUCCACUGGAGAAUGGGACUUGGAACGGACUGAUUGGAGAACUAAUAUUAAAGAGAGCUGAUAUAGGCAUUUCUGCAUUAACGAUUACACCAGAUCGGGAAAAUGUGGUUGACUUUACAACUCGCUACAUGGACUACUCAGUGGGAGUCUUGCUGCAAAAGGCUGAAAAGACCAUGGACAUGUUUGCUUGUUUGGCACCGUUUGACCUCUCCCUCUGGGCUUGCAUCGCUGGCACAGUACUGCUCGUCGGACUCUUGGUGUAUCUUCUCAACUGGCUUAACCCUCCACGGCUUCAGAUGGGAUCGAUGACCUCCACAACACUCUACAACUCCAUGUGGUUUGUGUACGGAUCCUUUGUGCAGCAAGGAGGAGAAGUUCCCUAUACCACACUGGCAACUCGAAUGAUGAUGGGCGCCUGGUGGUUGUUUGCCUUGAUCGUCAUCUCAUCCUACACUGCAAAUCUAGCGGCUUUUCUCACCAUCACUCGUAUUGAGAAUUCCAUCCAGUCUCUUCAAGAUCUCUCCUGGCAGACAGAUAUUCCUUACGGCACCGUUUUGGAUUCUGCAGUCUAUGAACAUGUACGGGUGAAAGGGAUGAAUCCUUUUGAGAAGAAUAGCAUGUAUUCGAAGUUGUGGCAGAUGAUCAACCGAAGUAAUGGGUCUGAGAACAACGUGCAAGAAUCCCAGAUAGGCAUUCAUAAGGUCAAAUAUGGAAAUUACGCCUUUGUUUGGGAUGCUGCAGUUUUGGAAUACGUUGCUCUAAAUGAUCCAGAUUGUUCCUUCUACACCGUUGGAAAUACUAUUGCAGAUCGAGGAUACGGAAUUGCUCUUCAGCAUGGAAGCCCCUACAGAGAUGUCUUCUCACAGAGGAUUCUAGAACUUCAGCAGAACGGACACAUGGAUCUACUGAAGCAUAAGUGGUGGUCAAAGAAUUCCCAGUGUGAUCUGCAUUCUUCUGUGGACCCCAAAUAUAAAGGAGGAGCCUUGGACAUAAAAAGUUUUGCAGGUGUUUUUUGCAUACUGGCAGCUGGGAUUGUUCUCUCCUGCUUAAUUGCCAUGUUGGAAACAUGGUGGAAUAAAAGAAAAAGCUCACAGGUUCCUUCAAAAGAGGAUGACAAAGAAAUAGAUCUAGAGCAUCUCCACAGACGCGUGAACAGCCUCUGCACAGACGAUGAAAGUCCCCAUAAACAGUUUUCCACUUCAUCCAUUGACUUGACUCCACUGGACAUUGACACUUUGCCCACGCGUCAAGCCCUGGAGCAAAUCAGUGACUUCAGGAACACUCACAUCACUACCACAACUUUCAUACCAGAGCAGAUCCAGACUCUUCGUCGCACACUUUCAGCUAAAGCUGCUUCUGGAUUCUCUUUCGGCAAUGUGCCUGAACACCGGACUGGCCCUUUUAGGCACAGGGCUCCAAAUGGGGGCUUUUUCAGAAGUCCUAUCAAAACAAUGUCUUCGAUUCCAUAUCAACCCACUCCAACUUUAGGGCUAAACAUCAGUAACGAUCCAGACCGAGGCACGUCUAUAUAA